AUGAGACGACAGACCUUCACGGCUGCGGUAGCGGCGGCUCUCGCUCCCAGCUUUACUACAGCCCAGUCAAGCUGCAAUGUCCUCACAGCCUCCGAAGUUAGAUCAAUGGGCAACAAUACCCUCUUCACCCGCUGGCGCCCAUACUCCCACGUCAACGCCCCGGCCGGCUGGAUGAACGACCCGUGCGGCCCGAUGUACGACCCAACACGAGACGUCUACCACGUCUUCUACCAAUGGCACCCAGAGCACAUUAACUGGGGUAACAUCUCCUGGGGACAUGCAACCUCCAAAGACCUCAUCACCUUCACCGACCACACCGGAUGGCAGGACUCCCAGGCCCUCGCUCUGGGUCCCACCGGCAACGGCAGCUUCCCUGAAGCCUACAACGGCCUAGGAAUCUUUUCCGGGACAGCACAACCCGUCAACCUGCAAGGCGAAGUCGACGGUACGUUGCUCCUUUUCUACACCUCCGUAGCCAAACUCCCGACCUCCUGGACGAUCCCGUACAUGCCGCACACUGAGUCCCAAUCUCUUGCCUAUUCCACCGACGGCGGCGAUACAUGGCAAGAAUACGAAAACAACCCCGUCAUCCGCACGACCACCGAGCGCCCGCCAAUGGAAUGGAACAUUACAGGUUUCCGCGACCCGUUCUUGGAGCCAGUGCCAGCGCUCGACGAUAUCUUGGGCUUCGAGGAGCCGCACUACUACGCUGUCUUUGGAUCUGGAAUCAAAGGUGUAGGACCUAGGAUCCCAUUGUGGUCGGCGCCCGCAAGUGACUUGACAGACUGGACUUUUCUAGGAGCGCUGUGGGAGCCGCAGGCGAAUACUUCUCUAGGGCCGGUCUUGUCGACAAGGACGUAUGGGUUUAAUUUCGAGGUGUCCGGGUUCUUCGAGCUGGAGGAUGAGGAUGGGGUUGUGCAUUGGUUUGUCAAUAUGGGUGCCGAAGGCGGCAAUCUCACCUAUGCCGAGUCGCAGCACUCUGCAUUGUGGAGCGAGGGCAUUGUGACUAGGCGAGAGAAUGGUAGUGCCGAGUUCACACCGGUUUCUGGUGGACUGGGAGACUGGGGCUUGUCCUAUGCCCUAACGAGCUUCAAUGACACGAAGAACAAUCGACGAGUCCAGCUCGCAUGGGCGCCAGAAGACAUCAUCGGCGACGAAGGCCUCUUCAGCGUCAAACAACAAGGCUUCCAAGGCUCCCUAACCCUCUUCCGCGAACUCUUCGUCCACACCACCCGCUCCGUCCUCAACCCCACCGGCGAACUCACCACCAACCGCAACGCCCGCCUCACCGAACACGCCGACGGGACCUUCACCGCGCAAACCCUCGGCGUGCGACCUUUACCCGACGUCGUCGAGGGCUUACGUUCAACCGCCCGUUCAUGCCCUUACGCUGGCAAUAAAACCUACUCUAGCAUGACUAUGCUUUCAAAAGCAGGCUCAUCCAGCCUCGAACUCAAAGCCACCGUCCACUCCGCCACAGGCGCGGUUGGGUUAGUGGUAGCGGCAGCGGAGGACAUGAGCGAGUACACGUCCAUCAUCUACUCGCCAUCCAAUUACACUCUACUCGUGGUCCGAGAGCACAGCACGCUGUUAGCCGAGCAGUUCAACACGGCGACUGUGACGGGGUAUUUUUACCCUUACACCAUCUUAGGCGAGGACGGAAGUGAGGAGCAAGAGAGUAUCACGAUGGAUGUGUUUUUAGACGGCAGUCUGUUAGAGGUGUAUGUUAAUGAGCGGUUUGCGCUUGCUACGAGGAUUUAUCCUGCUGGGAGUUGUUCGAAUGGCUACGGUGUCUAUGUCGAAGACGGCUCUUCAGCGACUUUCGAGAGCGUGCAUGCGUGGGAGGAUCUGAUGCAUAUCUGGAGCGAUCGGCCGAUGGACUCCUCGUCGCCGUUAGUGUAUGAUACGGCGGAGGAGACGAAUGAUUAUGUGUGGUGGACUGGCAACUAA